CCUUACUCCAUCAUACUGUAGACAGAGGCCAGGGACACGUGGAAUAAAAGCCUCCAUCUGAUCAAAACACCACCACGAGCAGUAUCACAAUACAGUUUACUAUGGCCUAUGUGUUAAUGAACCACAAAGCAAAGGGGAGUAAGUACUGACAUCUUUAGCUUGCCAUUUGCUUCGAGUGCUAAAUCAGCUCAUCACAGCUACAGUUCAUGAUGGUGUGUCAGUUGUAAACAAAUCUGCGGUAUUAUACAGCAGAUUUGUUAACACUUGAGACAUAAGCUAGCAUCAUAAAACAUAAUGUGAAGGAGAAGCAGGUAUCAGCAAUUCAGCAUAGGCCCCACAUAUAGUUAAUGCCAAAGCUAAUACGUAGUAGCUAGCUAGCUAGUGAAUCUAGCUUCAUUUGCUGCGUAAAGAUUAGCUAGAGUGACAAACACAAACCUUCCCAAAAUGUCAAAUUUCAGACCUAAUAUGUAUUUAAAUUCGAUUUUAAAGAGCCGACUCAUGAUACACUAUUGAUAAAACGUGUAUUUGUUAUCUAACCUGUCAGAUUGGGCUCCUUAAUCCCCUUCUGUGCUAGGCCACCGUUUACAGCCGUCGCCGGUAAUGCUUUGCGCGCAUGCGUAUACACAAUUACGCACCACUGGCGCACACGACACAAGACAGCAGCGCGCACAAUCCUACACCACCCCCGCAUUUUCUACUCGUCUACGUACAAGUCCAGCAUUUACUCUAUAGACUAAUAUCAAAAGACCAUUAGUUUAAGAAUAUAGCCACGUUCACACGGCCAAACGCAGAUUUUGUUGGGUUUAUUCUACUGGCCGUCUGUAAUAAACUAAAACACUGGGACAAAAUGUGUGAUGGGCAUACGGUUAAAAUAUUAUCACUGCAACAACUUGUCCCGUGACAGCGCUGACAAUGAAAUUGUUACAUAUACUAUAGGGGUGACGAUGGGACACCUGCACCUGUCACCCGGGACUCACUUUGUCUGAUGCCCUGGCGCCAGCAUCCGACGCAGAAAUAAACGCUACAUUUGUAAUGGAUAUGGACAGCACUGGCCAAUUAAACUAUUAUAAGUUAUGAGCAAACGUUGAAAGUACCUGAUCUAUUUAACGUAGGACUGGUCUUUAAACUUUCAACAGUUUGUUUGGUGAUGAUAGUGGCGCCGGUCCGACCCCGAAUAAAACGAGAUGAAAAGCCUUCUGAAAGCACCUGGGUGACCCCUGUGCGACCUCUAAAGAAUGAUCAACUUUGAUACAUUCGUGCCAUUAAUCCUGGGUAUAAAAUGAGCCUCAACUUGAGACAAGCAGAAACAACAUGGGGGAUGCAAAAAUGUCAUCAACGCAGAGACGCGUCCUUUCUGACCAGCGGUGCUCCGGGCCGGAUUGCUUCGACAUGUGGCAUGACUACAUGAACCUGGGAAAAUUGCUGCUGAGAUCGCAGGACGGGCCAAAGGCGCAAGGGUGGGAGAACCAAAAGAGACGGUCCCAGCCGGGCACCUCGCGCGCGCGAGGGGACAGUACCAGCUCCCUCAGCAGCCUGUCGGACAACAGCCAAAGCGGGAGCCCUUCCGACUUCUGCCGCUUUUGCAAACAGAACGGAGAGACCGCCAGGGUGUAUCGGUCGCACAAGCUGAAAGCGAGCGACGGCAGAGUGAUGUGUCCCAUCUUGUGGAAUUACACUUGUCCAGUCUGCGAGGCCACCGGGGAUGAGGCGCACACACGCAAGUACUGCCCAAUGCUGCAACUGCAGGACGCAAAGGGCAUGCAACAUUGAACAUAUCACACAAAG